CGGCAACAUCAGAUACACACAACUCAUGAUGAUAGGCCGAUUUACACAAUCCUAACCACAGGUCUGGGAGACGGGAUAUGAAGGGUCUCCUCAAUCGUGUUCCUCACUGCCAAGUUUGUUCCUGCAGGAGUCGAAGGCCGAGGCCGAGGAGACCCAACACCCCGAACCAAUCCCGCCGCCGCGAUUUCCAGUCUUUGGCAAGUCCGUGCCGUCCCCACCAAAAAUGGUCCGGGUCCGCGAUUGAACCCCAGACAAAUCUAUAUACUACUAGCCCAACAUUCCCAGGGCCCGACACACUUCGAGGGCUUUGCUUUGCUCACACUACCUGUUCGCAAUGGAGUUGGCAAGCAUGAGCCGGGCUGUGGCUCGCAGAGCUACCAAGAAGUUCAGUUACGCCCGCUACUACAGCAUUGUCCACGAUGUGCCCCGGACUGCGGCCACCGGAAGUCUGAGCCAGACUCCUCCCCCACCAAAGGCCCAAGGGCAGUCUGUGUUUGAACAGGCCGUCAAUGCCACAGGGCCUCGCAACAACUGGACCAAGGAUGAGAUCUCUCAAAUACAUCAAAUGCCUCUUAUGGAGCUGGCUUUUGCAGCGGGAACUGUCCACCGACGAUUCCACAAACCCUCGGCCGUCCAACUAUGCACAUUGAUGAAUAUAAAGACUGGUGGUUGCACAGAAGACUGCUCGUACUGUGCUCAAUCGUCCCGCUAUAAGACUAAUCUUCAAACCACCAAACUGUCCACCGUCGACUCAGUCAUCGAGGCAGCAAAGAUCGCCAAGGCCAAUGGCUCGAACCGAUUUUGCAUGGGCGCCGCCUGGCGUGAUAUGCGAGGCCGUACCAGAGGACUGAAGAACAUUGUGGAAAUGGUCAAGGGUGUACGCGCUCUGGGAAUGGAGGCCUGCGUUACUCUGGGCAUGCUCGAUAAGCAGCAGGCCAAAGAGCUGAAAGAAGCCGGAUUGACUGCCUACAACCACAAUGUCGACACCUCGCGCGAACACUACCCUAAGAUCAUCACUACAAGGAGCUACGACGAGCGGUUACAGACUCUUGAGAAUGUCCGUGAAGCUGGAAUCCAUGUUUGCAGUGGUGGCAUCCUUGGUCUGGGUGAGACGCCGCAAACAGACCACGUCGGUCUGAUCCACACCUUGGCCACAUUGCCUGAACAUCCCGAGUCCUUCCCUGUUAACAAGCUCGUUCCGAUCAAGGGUACACCUAUGUUUGGCCAAGAACCCGUGAAACUCGAGGACAUUGUCCGAUGCAUUGCAACAGCCCGUCUGGUGAUGCCAAAAACCAUCAUUCGCAUUGCGGCAGGACGAGUGACCAUGCCCGAAAGCGAGCAGAUGCUGUGCUUCAUGGCUGGGGCCAACGCCAUUUUCACUGGCGAGAAGAUGCUGACUACCGAAUGCAACGGCUGGGAUGAGGACAAGGCCAUGUUUGAGCGAUGGGGUCUCACACCCAUGCAGACUGAAGCCAGCCAGGUCGUUGAGGAGCCCAAGUUUGAGGCCCAAAGUUUUACUCACCUUCGGGAGGAGAGUAAAUCUGCUCCAGAGGUGGCGGCUUAGCGGAAUAAGGAAACAGAUUAACGAUGCAUAAUAAGACUUCAUACAUCCACAAUGUCCUGGAAAAGUAGUAAACUUGCGGAGUUGACUUGUUCCUAUCCAAAGUCUCAAGACUGUAAAUGCGCUUCGAUGACGUGCAAUGACCUGUAAAUACUACUACUGGGACAUUUUCUCUGCUUCAGAGCAGAAACGCAAAACCAAUUGAUUCAAACCCCCAA